AUGGAAUAUGCUCCCAUGACAUUUCUGUUAGCUGCAGGAAUUGUAACAACCACUACCCUAUUCUCUCGUCUUCUACACAUAAUCCCAAACCCGUUGCGCUUCUACAUUUUUCUCGCCUACGUUGGAUUGACUCUCUUUGCGUCUGGAAUUUAUAGCGUCUUUGCACUUUGCAUCUUUACUCUUCUCGGCCGUCAUGAUUUAGCUCAAUAUACCACGUCAAGGCUCUGGUGGUAUAUUACCGCGCCCGUGGUAGGGAUCAAACUUGAGGUUGAGAACGGGGAAGACCUCAAGUUAUGGGGCGGAAAAAGUCCCAGAGGUCCUGCUAUAUUCUUGAUAAAUCAUCAGAGCGAACUAGAUGUUCUUCUGGUCUCACCACUGUGGCAACCCCAUACUGUAUCAUGUGCCGUCUGGAGAGUUAUGAAAAUGCCGUUAUUUGGACUAUAUAUGAAGCUAUGUCGAACGAUAUUCGUCGAUCCGCCUCCAGCUUCGGGUCUCACCAACAAAAUCGUUAUUCUAGAGGCUGCUAAAAUGCUGCGUCGUGAGAACAUGAAUCUUCUCAUGUUCCCUGAAGGAGUUCGUAGCUACUCGAAGAAAGCAGAGUUAUUGCCUUUUAAGCGUGGGGCUGUUGCAAUUGCCAUGGAUGCAGGCAACCUACCUCUAGUACCUAUCGUCAUUUCCAACAGUUCUCAUGUGUUUCACGUCCCGGAAAGGCAUUUCAGCAGCGGUACUAUCAGGGUGAAGGUUUUAGCUCCGGUCGUCACUACGACCCAAGAUGGGGAAACGAAAGACGAGGCGAUGCUGAGAAUCCUCGGAGAAGUCAAGGAAAAGACCUUGGCGACGCUGAAGCAAUUAUCAUCGAUUUGA